AUGGACCCAAGUAUCAACGACAGCACAUCUAACAAGUUUGUCCCAGAGUACAGACGUACCAACUUUAAGAAUAAAGGUAGAUUCUCUGCUGAUGAGUUACGUCGUCGUAGAGACACUCAGCAAGUAGAAUUGAGGAAGGCCAAGAGAGAUGAAGUACUAGCUAAGAGAAGAAACUUUGUACCACCAACUGAUUCCGUUGACUCCGAUGAAGAAGAUGAGGAGAGCUCCGCAGCUGACCAACAAUUCUAUGGUCAAUUGCAACAAGAGUUGCCUCAAAUGGUUCAACAAAUUAACUCCAGCGACAUGCAAGAACAACUGGCUGCUACAGUCAAGUUUAGACAAAUCCUAUCCAGAGAACAUAACCCACCGAUUGACAUUGUUAUUCAAUCUGGCGUUGUACCAACUUUGGUCAACUUCAUGAACGAAAACCAACCAGAAAUGCUACAAUUGGAAGCCGCCUGGGCCUUGACUAACAUUGCAUCUGGUACUUCCGCGCAAACUCAGGUCGUUGUCGAUGCAGGUGCUGUUCCAUUGUUUAUUCAACUUCUAUAUACCGGCUCCGUUGAAUUGCAAGAACAAGCUAUCUGGGCUUUAGGUAACGUUGCCGGUGACUCCACCAGUUACAGAGACUACGUCUUGCAAUGCAGUGCUAUGGAACCUAUUCUAAGUCUUUUCAACUCUGAAAAGGUUACAUUAAUCAGAACCGCAACUUGGACUCUGUCAAACUUAUGCAGAGGUAAGAAACCACAACCGGAUUGGUCAAUUGUUUCAAAGGCUCUGCCAACUUUGGCUAAACUAAUAUACUCUUUCGACAACGAAACGCUAAUAGAUGCUUGUUGGGCAAUUUCAUAUUUAUCUGAUGGCCCUGCUGAAGCUAUUCAAGCUGUUAUCGAUGCUAGAAUUCCAAAGAGAUUGGUCGAACUAUUGUCCCACCAAUCUACUUUGGUUCAAACACCUGCAUUGAGAGCUGUUGGUAACAUAGUUACUGGUAACGAUUUGCACACACAAGUAGUUAUUAAUUGUGGUGUCUUAUCUGCCCUAAGAAACCUAUUAUCUUCUCCUAAGGAGUCGAUCAGAAAAGAAGCCUGUUGGACAAUCUCCAACAUUACUGCUGGUAAUACUGAACAAAUCCAAGCAGUCGUAGAUGCUAACUUGAUUCCACCUCUAAUUAAGUUGUUGGAGACGGCUGAAUAUAAGAUCAAGAAAGAAGCUUGCUGGGCUAUCUCCAAUGCUUCUUCUGGUGGUCUACAAAGACCAGAAAUCAUCAGAUACAUGGUUUCCCAAGGUUGUAUAAAGCCUCUGUGUGAUCUACUAGAGAUUGCUGACAACAGAAUUAUCGAAGUGACAUUAGAUGCACUAGAAAACAUUUUGAAGAUGGGUGAAACAGACAAGGAAGCCCGUGGUUUAGCUAUUAACGAGAAUGCCGACCUGAUUGAAAAAGCUGGUGGUAUGGAAAAGAUUUUCAAUUGCCAACAAAAUGAAAAUGACAGAAUUUAUGAGAAGGCUUAUAAGAUUAUAGAAACAUACUUUGGUGAAGAAGACGAUACUGUCGAUGAUAACCUGGCUCCACAAAAUGCUGGUAAUACUUUCGGUUUCGGUUCUAAUGUCAACCAGCAAUUCAACUUCAAUUAA